GUGCGGCUAUAGAUGUUUCACACCAAAAAAUGUCCUGCCAUGAGCAGCUGGAACAUGUCGCUAGUCCUCAAUAUAUUUCCUAUUAACGUCAGGCCUGCCCUAUGUUUCCAAACUCAAUUCAAUAAUAGGGCACUAAAUUAUAAUUAGUCAAAAGAUAAAAUUUAAUGUACACCUGUAAUGUUUUUUGCAGUCAAUAAAUACCUUUUCCAGUCAACCCCAAAGAAACCCUUUAUCACCCUAGCUUUAGAAUGUUAAAGAAAUUGAUUAAAAUGUUGUUCAACAUUCAGAAAAAUCGUUUGCGCAGUCGGUCUUUUAACGUAACGACCUUCUGACGCUCACUGGUCAAGACUGGAAUAGAUACAAAAAUGAGUUGAGCGCGAACUGAUUCUCGUAUGACAACAUGCAAGAUAGACUUAGCGUGGGUCUCUGUCGGGCCAAUAGGUUUAUCCAAUCGCUUUAUACGCACUCUGACGCGCGCUUUAGACGUGCUUGGCCAUCAUGUUGUCUCAAUUUAUACCGUGGGCUUCCCCUUAAUGACUUAAAGCGCAAGUUUAAAAAAUACGAAUGUAAUUUGGCCUAUAAAUUCAAUGGCGUGACCUUGUUUUUGAACCGCAUUGCGCAGUCGCGAACCGCCCGUCGUGGCAGCUGACGUGCCGCAAAUAAAAACAUAUUUUUGUUUAAAAUUCUUACAUAGUAUAUACAAAAUGUAAAUAUAAAUUGUUAUAAAUUUAAUCAUUGUUUUUAUAAACGUAACAAAAUAUUAUUACCUAGUGUUCUGUAGUCAUCUUGUUUGUGAUUAAGUGACGGCGCAUGUGCGAGUUAAUGCUGUGAAAUUAAGAUGUGGUUAACAAAUAGAUGAAUCCAAACAAAAUAAUGAAUGGCGAGAGACGAAAAUAUGUAACGAUGUGGCGAAUAAAAUGCCUAUGUGUACUCCUCUUCGGCAUCGCAUUGUUACAAACGUAAGACAAAUGUUGACCCCGCGGUCAUUUUUUAUCAUCACCUGCAUUAGUUUCACAAUUUCAGUGACUUGGAUCCAAUUCGUGGACAAACCAAUAUAUUCAUACCAGAACGAAAGUUUAAUUCAAGAGGCCCUUGAAAAUGUCGCUCGCGAUUACAGAUUCGCGGAAGUAUACAGAAAGGCGGAUAGACUGCCGAAUGAGACUAAAUUUAUCCUACUCUGGACCACGGAAGAGCUGGCACCUUUCUACGUACUCGGCCAUGGGCAGAGGAAAUUCAUAGAGAAAAACUGCACAUAUAUCAACUGUUAUGUCACUUCAGAUAGAUACUUAUUCGACGGAGACACCACUAAAUUCGACGCUGUUGCUUUCAACGGAAGAUCUAUAGUCACGAUGUCGAAAUCACAACUACCCUACCGACGUAGUGAUCACCAAAAGUUCAUAUACUUCAAUAUGGAAUCAGCAAACAAUUACCCUGUCUGUUCCCCAUAUUUUGAUGAUUUCUUCAACUGGACUUCUACGUAUCGACUGGAUUCGGACAUUCCCUUCCCGUAUUUGCAAGUAAGAGAUAGAGAAGGAGAGAUAAUUGGGCCUAAAGCAGGAAUGGUUUGGGAUGAAACUGAGGGUAACAUUGAUGAAGACCUGUUCUAUCGUAUUCAGAAUAAGACAAAAGCUGUGGCUUGGUUUGUUUCUAAUUGUAAAAGUAGAAGUCACAGACUAGAAGUAGCUAAAGACUUGCAAAGAGCUCUCUCUGUUUAUGGUUAUAGCGUGGAUAUUUAUGGUAAAUGUGGGCCGUACACAUGCCCUCGAGAGCAAGAAGAUAGCUGCAAUUCUAUUUUGGAAAAGGAUUAUUUCUUUUACCUAUCAUUUGAGAAUUCAUUUUCCGAAGAUUACGUUACAGAGAAACUAUUGACUGCAUUGCAGCAUGAUGUUGUACCUAUUGUUUUUGGAGGUGCAGAUUAUUCAAGGUUUCUGCCCCCCGGUUCGUAUCUAGAUGCGCGAAAGUCUACACCAGAAGAAUUAGCAUCAACUAUAGUCACACUUAUCGAGUACCCCAAAACGUAUAGUCAUUACCUGAGCUGGAAACGAAAGUUUACUUAUAAGAACCCAAUGUAUGACGAUAAUCUUUGCGACGUUUGCGCUGCUUUAAAUGAAAGGAUGGACAAACAAACAACGUACAAGAAUUUUAGAGCGUGGUGGGUUCCCAAUUAUGAAAAAAGAUGUGUUGAAUGACGCAAGAUUUUUUUUUAUGUAUACUUGGUUACUUAAUUGCUAGACAAAGCGUUUAUAGCGUUAUCAAAGGGUUACGGACAAACAUUUUCAUCAAACAAUUUUUAAAAAUAUUAUUAUUGUAAAACAAACACAAUUUGGUGCGCGUUAAUUGUAAAAGAGACAGAAAAACGCCGCCAUAAUGUAUGUUUACAAGACUCAUAAAGUCCUGUCACUGGACAGAGCAACGUAAAUUACAUAUUAAGUAUUGCCAGAAUCACUAGUACUGAAUUAUAUUUCAGUGAUACCAACCGCAUAAGACCGCAUGUUUGAGGAAUGUAUUGAAAAUGAAACCAAAGACCAAAAAUUAUUGUGUUUAUCUUUACGCACAAAAUGUAAAUAAUUAAAAUUGUAUUGUAAAUAUUGUAUCAGAUAAGUGCUUAUUGAGUAAAAAGUAGGCAGCAUGUUUUGUCACCUUUACUCAUUUACAAUUGUAGCAUAAGAGUGAUAAUGACAGAACAUUAAGGGUAAUAUACACAUCUUAUAUUAAUCAGCUUAAAUGAUUUAUAAAGUUCACGCAACUUUAAGAAUUUUGCUAUACACUUUGAUCGUUAUAUAUCCUAAGUGCAAUAAACCUGUUUAACACAUUUUCUUAGGGGCUGAAUCAAAAUGCGCCUAUAAGACGACACACAUAGAUGUACAUAUGUAUAUGUAUUGCUCGGAUGUUUUAAGUGUGAUCGUAUUAAGUGAGAUGGACGUAAUGUUAAAAGGAUUAUUACAAAUUAUGUUAUCUAAUAAAUAUAUUUUUUCCGUUCAAUCAGCCUAGUCCCUUUACUAAACAGCGCUGUUUAACUAGCAGCCUGAAUUAUAUUUGAUACGACAUUUAAUAAACAUGCUUAGGCCAUUCGUACGACCAAGUGACAGAAAUAAAAAGCUGUCAUAUCUGACAAAUAUAUUUGUUUAAUAUAUUUAAAAUGUAACUUUUUAGUGUUCAUACGCUUACUCUUACUGUAACUACACUAUUCCAUACUAGUUUUCAUUAAAUUUGUUGUUUGCUGACGCUUUAUUGACAGUUUGGAGUCGGUUGUAGAAAGUGGAAUUAAAUGGAAAUCAACAGGAUAGCUUGGAUUUGCCUAGCUUGAUCAAAAGGCUGAAUAUCAUUCAGGCCGUUAGUUAAACGGCGCUGUUUAGUAAAGAGGCCAGGCUGUUAAUUAAACGGCUAAUUAAGCAAGUUGGCUGCGACGCAUAAACCAUUACAUUAAUGUCUUAUAAGCUUUUAAAACUAUAAUUUUUGAUACUAUCGAAACUCAAAUAGUACCUGAUAUACUUUAACCGUCGUUCUAUAUUCGUAUUAUCGAUUGUUUCGGUGUAAGCUUCUUAGUAAUUUUGUACUUAAAAUAAGAUUGAUGUGUUACUGAAA